CUAUAUCACGUUGAAUCAUAAAUACGUAGGUACGUUUAAAGACGCCCUGGUUAUGUAUCUAUGUAUCGUGUUGAGUGAUUGAGAGUAUGGAAGUGACUGGCAUAUUAAUGUUAUAAUUAUAAGAUAUACACACAUAUUAGCAUUGCGUUUGUUACACAUCAUUUAUGUUAUAUUGUUUUAGUCAUCAACUAUGUUGACAUAUUUGAGUUACUUUUCAGAACUUUUCGGCGAUGAAGGGGUGGUAAAUCCGUUGAUACCGUCGCUACCACAACCACAGCCGGGAGCCUCAGUGAUCAAGGAGUGUUCUGAUGGAAGAGGCGAUCUUUUAUUUAUCCUCGACUCGUCAACAAGUGUCGGAGAUGAAAAUUUUCGUAAAAUGCUGGAUUUCAUGAAAGAUAUCGUCCGAGCGGCUCCGAUUGAUUCCGGACAUUACCAAGUAGCAGUGAUAGUCUUCAACUCCGAUGUCAAGGUAACUUUGUUACUCGAUGCUAUUGAUAACCAGCGGGACUUGUUGACAUACAUAGACAAUAUUCCAUACAGUUACGGCAACACCAACACUGCCUCCGCUCUCCAAGCUAUGCGCGAUACGAUUUUCAUUCCGUCAAACGGCGAUAGGCCAGAUGCUCCAAAUGUUGCUGUUGUAAUGACCGACGGAGAGUCCAACAUCAACUCUGGACGGACGAUUCCCGAAGCUAAUGCCGCGAAAAGGGAAGGUGUCGAGAUCUAUGGAAUAGGUAUCGGACUGAUGGAAACUUCUGAAAUAGACGGGAUAUCAAGUGUGCCUUUAGACACUCACAGAUUCAACGUGGAUAACUUCGACAACCUUAACGACAUGAAGGCUGACAUAUUUGCCAAGAUAUGUAUAGGUAAAUGCAUGCAUGGCAAGGCGUAUUAUUCCAGAGCUAUAUUUACAUUGAUUCAUUUAAUCGUUAUUCUAUAUGAUACAGAUGUUUAUGAUUUAUAUUAAAUGCGUUAAAUGUCUUAAUGGAUCAUAUUCCUGGUAAACAAAACCAUGUAAUAUCAAAAGUUUUUAUCACCAAUAUAUAACAAUAAUUAAUCAUGAUCUUGGCACACACGUCGAGUAACGACGAUUGAUAAGGAAAUCGACCAGUUCGGAACUAAAUAGCAAUGUACGUAAAAUGGCCUGGGUGCGGACAUUAACAUUUUAUAUUUGGGAAAUAACACAGCAAACCUAGUGUAGUUGGUUACGGGAACAUUUCUAGAUGUUAUCAAAAAUAAGCAACAAUUUUUAGAGAC